AUGGUGUCAAACUUGCCGAACUGUUCACUUUUGCAUUGUUUUUGUAAGGCCCCAUCGGAGACGGUUCGACCACCGUUGAGCGCGUCGCCUGAUCCAUACUUCUUCGAAACACCUCCUACCAAGGAAGACGUAAUCAAACACCUAGUCUCGAAGUACUCAUUCCACACGUCCCCUCAAACCGGUCUAAACGUAUUUUAUAACCACCCUCUGCGACGUUUGCUAUCCAUUUACUCAUGA